AGGUGCACACUAGUAAGUGUCUGAGGAAUCUGGGCAGCAUAGGGAGACACAGAAGGCACUGAGCUGGGUUUCAUUCCUGGCUUCCCAAUGGAGUUGUGUAAGUCUGACCCAUAAUUAUGGACAGUGUGGUGUUCCAAAGCACAUGUACCCCAUCAGAAUUUACAAGAUGGUAACACCUUUGAAGGUGGUAGUUACUCUGUCUGAUUUCAUCUUUCUAAUCACAAUAACUCACAUUUCCAUAAGGCUUUAAAGUUUAUAAAGGACUUACAUUAUGAUGAGGCAGGAAGUAUCAACACUUUUAUCCUCAUUUGUUAGAUGGGCAAACUCAAGUUUGGGCAAGGUUAAUUGACUUGGUUACAUACAGUCUGCACAUGAAGAGCAGGACAUGGCAAACAGGUCUUCUGAUAACAAAUCACACUCUAACUUACAAUCAGGGAAAUUCAGUUGGGAGGACUGGGGAGUCCCAAAGGAGGUUAGGUAUGUACAUACAGCUCCACCAGAAAACCCCUAGAAGUAGAGAGGUGAGAAUGGGCAGAGCAAGGAGGUAGAAGGGGGAAGUCCCCUCAUUACACAACUUAGGCCCUUGUAAAGGGACAAGAUUCCUGGGGCCAGCUGGAGGGGGGCAGAAGGAUGCCAAAUUGGCAACCGAGGGCAAAGCACCAGUCACCCUGCCCUAGUUAUGGUCCUGCACCCAGGUCAAGGCCCUUCUACUACUCCAGAAUAUAACCCAACAGCCUGCCUUUAGUGCUUACAGUGAAAGCCUUUGCUUUUAUUUUUAAAUUUCCACCAGUGAACACAUAUCUAUUUUCUCUCCCUCUCAUCUCCUUCCCAUCAAUGGAAAAACAAGCAAAACACAUUUCUGCAUUGUCCACGUCCAGCCAAGUUUCCUCUUUGCCCCAAGCCCCCACCUCCGGGUCGGGAGGGGACGGCAGACCCGAUCGUGGUCUCCGCAUCCACCAGGGCUCCGAAGACUUUCCAAGUUGCUUGUGUCUACACACAGCGCACUUGCUGUCACUGUUUCAAUUGUCCUCCCGGUUCUGAACUCCGCUAUGGGUCAGUUCAUACAAGACUUCUCCAGUGUCUCCGAAACCGUCCCUUUCACCACAAUCUUUGGUGGAACCGAGGAAGAAAGGACAAUCACAAAGAGCAGGCUCCGCCUCGUAAUCCACCGCCCAGUUAAACAGAACGGAUCCGGGGCGGGGGCGUCAAGGAGGAGGAGAGAAGGCCGGGCUUCGGAGACCGAAGGAGAGGGGGAGGCGAAAUGGAGGAGGGGGGAGGGGUUGGGGCGGGGCGCGCAGGAGCUCAGGGAGGUGGGAGCGAGCAGGACGGAACCUUUGCCCAUAGCUGCACCGCCAUGGGCCCUGUAAGCUUGCGUCGACUCCCGAAAACCAGGUGUUGAGAAGCCCCAGCCUGUAUCAGAGGAUUCUGCAGCCCGGAGGAGGCACGGACACCUCCUGGGUUAAGGAGACGUAGCCAGCGAGAGAAGGCCCCGCCUGCACUGCGCCUGCGCUAACCCAGGCUCGUCCUCUUCUCUCAUCUAUGCUUCGCCCCCACCCGGUCCGAAGGAGACCACGCCCACAGCCCUAUUCCCAGCUUGGAUUGGCUGCUCUGGAACCCAGAGUCGCCAUUGGUCAGCAUCAACAGGCCUAAUGUGUCAGGACCCCGGAGCCAGUAAUCUACCUGGGUUCCGAGGUCCUGCCUCCUCCCCCUCUGCAAGGGUUCCCAUCAGCGCUUGGCCUCCGAAACGCCUCUUCGCCGCUUAGUAAGUGGCACCGGCAUCCACCAGUAGAAAGUGAGGAGGCCGAAAAGCUCCUACUCCCUAGGACCUCGAUUGGCUCAGCAAAUGUUAGAGUAAGCCAGAGCAGCAGGUGCCCAACAACCAAUCGGUGAGGGCGGAAGAGGGUAUGAGGAAGGAGUGAGGGAACGGGGUGACGUGGCGGUGACGGAGACAUAAACUAAAACCAGUGGCGGAAGCCCGGGCCAAUCAACUACGCAGAGGGUUGGGCCGGUUCCCUCUUCCUAUGUGAGUGUUGACGACUUCCAACCCCCAGGACCAAUGAACCAGGGUCCGGAUGUGAUUGGCCUCCCUGCCACCCAAUCCGCGGAAUCUCUGGCGGAAGUGUCCCACCCACGUGUACUUUGGGGUGGGGCUAGCUGACCAGCCUGGGAGGAGCGCCAAUGGCGAGGAGCCACUGGCCGAAUGGCGGCUGCAGACACCAAUGGGAGACCUCCGACGCGGCGGCAGGUCCCGCCUCCCGGCCGCUGGACGGGCGGGGCGUGGACGUUGCGCGGCGGCCGCUGCUGCGCUCGCUCUGUGUGUGUGUGUGUGUGUGUGUGUGUGUGUGUGUGAGAGAGUCCGGGUGCUGUCGCUGUCGCUGCCGCUGCCGCUGCCUGCUGCGGGGCCGCCGGGGCCGGUGUCUGGGGGCGAUGGCGGCGACAGAGCUGCGGGGAGUGGUGGGGCCCGGCCCGGCGAUGGGUGCUGCGCCGGGCGGCGGAGGUUCGGGGCCGGCAGCAGCUGGAGGAGGAGGACGCGGCGACUCUGGGCCCGGGCCCGGAGUAGCUCCGGGCCCCGCGGCGGCCGCCUCGGGAGGAGGCUCCGGGCCAGGGCCGGGUCCCGCGGCCACGGCUGGGGGAGGGUCGGCGGCCGGCCCCGCCCCGGCUCCGCCCACGGGGGGCUCGGGCGGCGGGGCCGGGGGCUCGGGCUCCGGUUCGGCCCGGGAGGGCUGGCUCUUCAAGUGGACCAAUUACAUCAAGGGCUACCAACGGCGCUGGUUCGUACUGAGCAACGGGCUCCUCAGCUACUACAGAUCAAAGGCAGAAAUGCGUCACACCUGCCGAGGAACCAUCAACCUGGCCACUGCCAAUAUCACCGUAGAGGACUCCUGCAACUUCAUCAUCUCUAAUGGUGGGGCUCAGACCUACCACCUGAAGGCCAGCUCAGAAGUAGAGCGCCAGCGCUGGGUGACAGCCUUGGAACUUGCUAAGGCAAAGGCUGUGAAGAUGCUGGCAGAGUCAGACGAAUCAGGAGAUGAAGAGUCAGUCUCUCAAACUGAUAAGACAGAGCUGCAGAAUACCCUCCGGACCCUCUCCAGCAAAGUGGAGGAUUUGAGCACCUGCAACGACCUGAUCGCCAAGCACGGCACGGCUCUCCAGCGAUCCCUCAGUGAGCUAGAAUCCCUGAAAUUGCCUGCUGAGAGUAACGAAAAGAUCAAGCAGGUCAAUGAACGUGCCACGCUCUUCAGGAUCACAUCGAAUGCCAUGAUUAAUGCUUGCAGGGAUUUCCUGAUGUUGGCCCAGACGCAUAGCAAGAAGUGGCAGAAGUCUCUGCAGUAUGAAAGAGACCAGCGUAUCCGCCUGGAGGAGACCUUGGAACAGCUGGCCAAACAGCAUAACCACCUGGAAAGGGCUUUCCGAGGUGCCACGGUGCUGCCAGCAAGUGUCCCUGGCAGUGCCGGUUCUGUGAAAGAUCAGAUCUGUUCUGGCAAAGGAGAUAUGAGUGACGAAGACGAUGACAAUGAAUUCUUUGAUGCUCCUGAGAUCAUCACCAUGCCUGAGAGCUUGGGCCACAAGCGGACUGGCAGCAAUAUCAGUGGGGCCAGCAGCGACAUCAGCCUGGAUGAACAGUAUAAACAUCCGCAGGAAGAGACAAAGAAGGAAAAAAGAACACGAAUUCCCUAUAAGCCAAACUACAGCCUCAAUUUAUGGAGUAUAAUGAAGAACUGUAUUGGAAAGGAACUCUCCAAGAUCCCAAUGCCGGUGAACUUUAAUGAGCCUCUGUCCAUGCUCCAGCGCCUCACUGAAGAUUUAGAGUAUCAUGAACUGUUAGACCGAGCUGCAAAAUGUGAGAACUCCCUUGAACAGCUGUGUUAUGUGGCGGCUUUCACCGUGUCCUCCUACUCCACUACUGUCUUCCGUACUAGCAAGCCAUUCAACCCACUCCUGGGGGAGACCUUUGAGCUGGACCGACUUGAGGAGAAUGGUUAUCGCUCCCUCUGUGAACAGGUGAGCCACCAUCCUCCUGCUGCUGCACACCAUGCUGAAUCCAAAAAUGGCUGGACAUUACGACAGGAAAUCAAAAUUACCAGCAAGUUCCGUGGCAAAUAUCUGUCCAUCAUGCCCCUUGGUAGCAUCCAUUGUAUCUUCCAUGCCACUGGUCAUCACUACACUUGGAAAAAAGUCACCACAACAGUGCACAACAUUAUUGUGGGCAAAUUGUGGAUAGAUCAGUCUGGCGAGAUCGACAUUGUGAAUCACAAGACAGGAGACAAGUGCAAUCUCAAGUUUGUUCCUUACAGCUACUUUUCCCGAGAUGUGGCCCGGAAGGUUACAGGGGAAGUCACGGACCCAUCAGGAAAAGUACACUUUGCCCUUCUGGGAACCUGGGAUGAGAAAAUGGAUUAUUUCAAAGUUCUCCCCAGUAAUGGGGAUAAUGGGGGUGACAGUCGGCAAAGAAGCCACGAAUUGGAGGAAAGCAGGGUCAUGCUCUGGAAGAGGAACCCACUGCCGAAGAAUGCAGAGAACAUGUACUACUUCUCUGAACUUGCCCUAACUCUCAAUGCAUGGGAGAGUGGCACGGCCCCCACGGACAGCCGCCUGAGGCCCGACCAGAGACUGAUGGAGAAUGGACGCUGGGAUGAGGCCAACGCGGAGAAGCAGCGUCUGGAGGAGAAGCAGCGUCUUUCCAGAAAGAGGAGGGAAGCCGAGGCUGCGAAAGCCACUGAGGACGGCACUCCAUAUGACCCUUACAAGGCCCUGUGGUUUGAGAGGAAAAAGGACCCUGUUACCAAGGAGUUAACCCAUAUUUAUAGAGGAGGAUACUGGGAAAGUAAAGAAAAACAGGACUGGAGCUCAUGCCCAGACAUUUUCUGAAACUACAGGAACAAGAGGGAGGAGGAGCAGAGGGAUCAGAGGAGGACGAAGGUUGGGAGAGAAAGCCAGCCGCUCUGACUUCCUUACCUAGUGCUUUCCUCAAGGUCGUCUUUCUUCACCAAUCAUUUGUUCCAAAGCAAUCACCAGGAGCAGAAGCCCUGGGGGUGGUGAUUGAUUGGCUUCGAUGCCUUACCUGAUUGAACCCGGCAUUGACAUACUAGAGCCCUGUGUUUGUAAGGGAGAGGUUGGGGAGCUGGGGGUUAGCAUUAUUCGUACCUGCAGGUGUCUCUGUCUUAGACUCUUCCUCCUCCCUCUUACCCCAUUUAAGAUUAUGCCACCUCUAGUCCCAUCCUAGCAACAGUAUCUCACUCAGCCAAGAGACAUGUGAGGUGAGGGCGCGGAUUAGAGGUAUCUUGGUGCUGCCAAGAGCAAGCUCUGAUAUUAGAAGCUUCUUUUUUAAAAAAUGCAAGUGAGAAUCUCUGUGGGCGACAUCUGUAAUGACUGUACUUGGGGCUCUGGUGCCUCUUUUUAAUAAGAGUUCUCCAAGGCAGGCUAAGUUUUAGAGGGCCAGGGGGCAUGCCGUGCAUACCCAGGAGCUGACUGCUGUCAGAUGAAAUUACCUAGUGGAAGAGUUUACUUCUAUGUAGGAUGGGGGCAGCCACCAAAGCUCCUUUUAUUGUUGGGAGUUUGUCUUCAUCCACGUAGAACUCCCCUUGACUGCUCUCCGUCUUUUGGGCUACAUAGCAGCUGGCUGCCACUUCAGCCAUCGGUAGGAGGGGGCUGAUCCUCAAGGAUGAUAGUACUUGUAACUUUGGGGGCUGCUUGGACUUCUGCAGCUGAGAACUUUUCCUGAGAAGAUAAGAAGGGCCAGAGCAAGACUUCCAGCCAUUCGGCUCUCUGUAUCACUCCUCACCCCUACCCCAAUUGCCUUCUGUGCUUCAGCUUUCUCUCCUGGCGCUAGGUCGCCACGGGGUCUGUGUUCCGGUGUGGAGCAGAACUCUGCCUCUUUUCUGACAUAUUUUGGAAUGAGAGAGACAGGGAGUAAAUGAUCUCUGGAAUAAGUCUUUCCACCAUCUGUCUCAAGCCCCAUGGACUGGAGCCACCUCUUGAAUAAUUUGUUGAAUAUGUGUAUAUUAUAUAUAUGUAGAGAAAAAUCUAAUUUUUCUGUUUUGAUUUUCCUCCCUUUCAUUAAGAAUCUUUUUUUUUUAAUCCACCCCACUCUGGGACUCUUUGCAUUGAGCAUAUAUUGAUGUAGAUUUCAUGUUCUAUUUUUACACCUCAGAUGAGGCAGGAAGAUUUCAAAGCUGGUCAGGAU